AUGCAGAGCACUCUGGCGUGGGUUUCAUCAGAUUGGAGUGCUGACGUGGUUUCUCCCCUUCAAGCCCUCCUCUCACAAAGUACCAGUCAUGCACAGAUUUCGUUCCAUAUGGAAAGUGCUUGCAGGCUGAACACAAUCUACCAACAGUGCCUAUCGCUGUGCCCUGAGAAUCCUGCGAAACGAAUAUUGCAGAGCGGACAAGAGUCUUGGAACAUAAUCUGUUACGACUUCAAAAACGACACAGAAUUUCGAGAUGUCGUGUUGCGCUGCUGGUCCACAAAAGGAUUCAAGUUAGCCGAACAGUGCUCCUCAAUAGCACACCUUCUCCAGGCUGAAAUUGGCCAACUGAUGAUGUGGGGCCUCGAGAAUGUGAACCAGCGUAUGGAGGGCCUCUGCAGGUAA